AUGGCUACUAAUCUCGUUGAAACCUACGCAUGCGCCCCCUCCACGGAACGUGGCCGUGGGAUUCUAAUCUCCGGUAAUCCAAAAUCCAAUUCGAUCCUUUAUUGCAACGCAAGAUCCGUCGUCAUUCGUUACCUCGACCGUCCUCUCGACGUCGCCGUUUACGGUGAGCACAGUUAUCCCGUCACCGUAGCUCGUUACUCCCCCAACGGCGAGUGGAUCGCCUCCGCUGACGUCUCUGGAGUCAUACGAAUCUGGGGGACGCAUAACGAUUUCGUUUUGAAGAAUGAGUUCAAGGUCCUUUCGGGUCGGAUCGAUGAUCUACAGUGGUCUCCGGACGGGUUGAGGAUCGUUGCCUGUGGCGAUGGAAAAGGAAAGUCGUUUGUUCGCGCUUUUAUGUGGGAUUCGGGGUCAACAGUGGGGGAUUUUGAUGGGCACUCGAAGAGGGUGCUAAGUUGUCAUUUUAAACCGACGAGGCCGUUUCGAAUUGCAAGUUGUGGAGAAGAUUUCUUGGUGAAUUUUUAUGAAGGUCCACCCUUCAAGUUCAAGUUAUCUCACCGGGGGCAUUCAAAUUUCGUCAACUGCAUUAGAUUUUCACCAGAUGGCAGCAAACUAAUUAGCGUAAGCUCAGAUAAGAAGGGUUUAAUAUAUGAUGCAAAGAGUGGUGAAACAAUGGGAGCACUGUCCAGUGAAGAUGGUCAUACAGGUAGCAUUUAUGCUGUUAGCUGGAGCGGAGAUAGUAAACAUGUAAUUACUGUUUCUGCUGACAAGACUGCCAAGAUAUGGGAGAUAUUUGAGGAUGGUACGGGAAAAGUGACGAAAACAUUGGGAUGCACUGGAUCUGGUGGAGUGGAGGACAUGCUUGUUGGAUGUCUCUGGCAGAAUGAUCAUAUCAUUACAGUUUCCCUUUCUGGCACCAUUAACUUGUACUCUGCUAGUGAUCUUGAUAGACAACCAUUAUGUUUGUCUGGACAUAUGAAGAACGUAAAUACAUUAACUCUACUCGAAAGCGACGAAAAGACGAUUUUAUCCAGCAGCUUCGAUGGAUAUAUUUUUAGAUGGAUUCCAGGGACAGGAUACAGUGGCAAAUUAAAGAGGAAGGAUGAUUCUCAAAUUAAAUGUUUGGUUGCGUUCAAAGAAGAGAUAAUGACAUCUGGAUACAACAACAAGGUAUGGAGAAUUUCUCUAGAUCAAGAAAAAUCUGAGCAGGCAGAACAUAUAGAUGUCGGCAGUCAGCCAAAGGACUUGAGCCAGGCCAUUAAUUCCCCUGUGCUGGCUUUAGUUUCAACUGAUUCUGGAGUUCUAUUGCUUAAGGAUCUGCAAGUACUUUCAAACAUCAACCUUGGGUUUGCAGUGACAGCAUCUGUUAUUGCACCUGAUGGAAGUGAGGCUAUUGUGGGGGGCCAGGAUGGUAAGUUGCAUAUAUAUUCUGUCUCAGGUGAUUCUCUUAAAGAAGAAGCAACCCUUGAGAAGCAUAGAGGUCCAAUUAGCGUACUACAGUAUUCACCAGAUUUUUCCAUGUUUGCUUCCGCUGAUCUAAACCGUGAAGCAGUUGUUUGGGAUCGUACCUCCAAAGAGGUGAAGCUUAAUAACAUGUUGUUCCACACGGCUCGUAUCAAUUGUCUUGCUUGGUCUCCUAAUAGCACCAUGGUGGCUACGGGAUCACUAGACACUAAUGUAAUCAUAUAUGAAAUUGCGAAACCUGCUUCCAACCGCAUAACCGUAAAGCAUGCUCAUCCUGGUGGAGUUUAUGGUUUGGUUUUUAUUGAUGACUGCACUGUGGCUAGUUCAGGGGAGGAUGCCUGCAUCCGUGUUUGGAAGAUAGUGCAGUAAUAUGCAUAUGACACGAAUAAUGCAGGACACAAUUUCCUUUCUCAGCUAUUUUGC